CCGUGUGCAGUGACUGUGGGUCAGGGGCGGUGCAGGAGCAGUAUAAAAGGGGGAACUUCUCCUCACUCUCUCAUCCACUGCUCUCGCCACCAUCUCCUUGAGAACAAGGUGAAGCUCUCGCAUCCAGACAUGUCCUGCUACAGCCCGUGCGUGCCCUGCCAGCCCUGCGGCCCGACCCCGCUGGCCAACAGCUGCAAUGAGCCCUGUGUCAGGCAGUGCCAGGACUCCAAUGUCUUCAUCCAGCCCUCCCCCGUGGUGGUGACCCUGCCCGGCCCCAUCCUCAGCUCCUUCCCGCAGAACACCGCCGUGGGCUCCUCCACCUCCGCUGCCGUUGGCAGCAUCCUCAGCUCCGAGGGAGUGCCCAUCAACUCCGGGGGCUUUGGCCUCUCCAGCUUGGGCCUCUCCGGCUUGGGCGGCCGCUACGGUGGCAGUAGGUGCCUCCCCUGCUAAAGCUGCUGGCGACGGCCCUGGGGAAGGGCCCAGGGACACAGAAGA